UUGAAUAAAGGUGUUCAUUUUGCAUCCCAAUCUGAUGUGGUAAUUUCUCCCUUUUUAUUGUCGUGGUGUCAGCGCUAGGUUCGUUCCCUGCCACAUAGGAAUUUUUAGGCCAAAACUGGGUCACGCAUCGACAGUUUAGGACUAUAGCUGUAGUGAUUUUUGCAAUUUGAACUGGCUGAUUCAUCGCUCCAUCAGCGUUAGCGACACACAGGUAACGCUUUGAUAGCCUCACGUAUAGUACGAUACGAUGACGCAGUCAGCGGAAGCGCCCGCACAGUUGCGCAGUUUGAGUCGGUACGAGACUCCCGAAUCCUUCCUAGAGUGGAAGCGUAGUUUAAUGAUGAAUUUGUGUUCAUAUACUGAUUUUUUGCCUUUUCUAUCGGAGAGUAUUUCAUGGCAAAGGAAGUCGAAGGCAAAUACCGUACGGGGUUUUGUUGACGAUUCCUUUGACGUUGCUGGCGGUAAGACAGCCGCUCAGAAAGUUGUGGUUUUGGAACUCAUGCUGGGGCAAAUUUCAGCUUCUUGCCCGAUUAUCGCCAGAGGUUCUAUUGUAAAUAAGUCCACUUCACUUGCAGACAUAUGGGAUCUUGUUUGCAUACAUUUUGGUUUCGACAGACAAAUGCUAGCUAAUGACAAUUACCAAUAUCAUGUCAGUCAAACUCAAAGUCUUGAUUGUUGUGAAGAUGAGUUGAGUGACAAUGAAUUGAGACAUGCAGGACGUGAGAAAAAUAAUGUCAGUGAGUUGAGAUGUGAUGAAGGAAGUGAUGAAAAUAAACACGAAGACAACGUCAAUGAUAAUGAGUUCAGAUGUAAUGAUCGAAUUAGAAGUGAUCAGAAUAAACAUGAAGUCAAUGUGUUCAGAUGUGAUAAAAAUAAACAUGAAGACAAUGAUAAUGAGUUGAGAUUCAAUGAAGGAUGUGAUGAAAAUAAACAUGAAGACAAUGUGAAUGAUAAUGAGUUGAGAUGUGAUGAUCAAGGAGGUGAUGAAAAUAAACAUGAAGACAAUGUCAAUGUGUUCACAUGUGAUGAAAGAAGUGAUACAGAUGAAGACAAUGAUGAGUUGAGAUGUGAUGAAAAUAAACAUGAAGUCAAUGAUAAUGAGUUGACACGUAAUGAAGAAAGUGAUGAAAAUAAACAUGAAGACAAUGUCAAGGAUAAUGAAUUGAGCUUCGAAGGUGGUAUCUCCUAUCGUGAAGUUGAUGACAUUGCUUUGCUAGAAGAUGGAAGAAGUAGUCAUGACGUGUUUCAUUAUGAGUGUAACAUUGGAGUGACAGAUGUAGUUGAUUGGAGUAGGCCUAUUCACACUAGCGAUACUUCGAGGUUUGGUGUUGAGAUGGAUGGGUCUAUAUCAUUCUUGGAUUUAGGUUUUCUGAACCUUGUUACACAGUAUGAUAGUCUUGAUGAUUGCGCUGCCAACAACUCAGCAGUGCAUGUUGCUCGUCGUAAUGAUCAUGGGUCUCACAAUGAUUUGAUGUGUAAUCCGGGUAUUCCUCCCGAUGAUGAUUGUUCAUCGGAGCCUGAUUGUUUCCAAGGUCAUGAACUCACUGUUGGACUGGGAUGUGAUCCCCCUUCACUUGAUAUGUUAUCAGGCACUUGCACACUUGGUGCGAGUAAAGAUCAGUUGAAUUUCUGUGUUGAUGUUGAUAGCAGUGUUCGCUAUGUUGGUUCAUCAGAGAGAGAUGAAACGUGCAAAGACUUGUCAGUUAUCCCUGGCAGUACUCCUGGUUUCCAGAUUGUGCCAACUUCUACUUCCAUCGACGGGGCUGAUAGGCUCUUACGCUCUGAUACACUGUUCACUCAUCACUCGCCCGAACAGUGCAUCCACCAUUCACAUACAAGCGCUCGUUUUCGAUUCACACAUUCGAAUGAUAGGCUAGCCGUUCUCGAUCUCGCUAUCGGCCAAACUAACCAUACCUCCGUUCGGUUCGCAUGUUCGAAUGAUAGAAUAGCCGUUCUCGAUCUCGCUAUCGGCCAAACUAACAAUACCGUGACCUCCGUUCGGUUCGCAUGUUCGAAUGAUAGAAUAGCCGAUCUUACUAUCAGCCAAGCUAGCAGUACCUCCGUUGCCAUGACAACACAUCAACUGCGCCUGUAUAUGCUCAAGCCAUCGUCUCGCAUUCAGUUAUCUCCAGAUAACCCAACUCGAGCCAUUGAUCCAGGUGCUGAUCGGAAGUUCACCAUGGACUGCUUUGAGCAAAGUACCAUCCCUGAUCUACAUCAGGAUCCACCACAUUCUCUUCAGCUUGAGGAUGCCCUGGUCUCCCAAGGACGCCCCCCAGAUGUCCAUCUUUGCCAGCAUGAUGUUGCUCACUCCAACUCCUUUGUGAUUGAUGUCAUAGCAACCACUGUCCAGGAUGAGGAAUUCCAUUGUCCCCUAGACCGGCACCAUGAUGUCUCCACCUACCAGCCUGCGAGGGAUGACGCCUCUGAUGUGAUCCCUAGCCUGGGUACAGUUCUUAUGGGUACCGACAUCUCGGCUCCCAUGGGUCGACCCCCUGACGUUCAGCGUGUUCGCGAUGUCUCCACUUCAUGCAGCAGUGGACCUGCCCGAGAUUGUCAUCACACCACCCUCAAGAUGGGCCCUACUACAGGAAUUUUGAUGGCCUCACUACAACUCGCCUAUGGACUUUCGCGAUCUUGGUUCUACACGUCCGCUGCUCUCUAUAGUCCUCCAGUGAUUCAGAGCAGCGUCAGUUGCCCAGACAUAGGCCCAGCCAUAGGUCCAGACAUAGGUUCAGACAUAGGUUCAGGCAUGGGUCACUAUGCACCGGAUGUUACCUCACUACCCUCGGCCCCACCUUACCCCUGGCCUGUCCCCUGCAUCAGUGUUUUCUAGUUCGCAGCAGCAGCCAGUUAUGUCACAUUGCAUUCUACGCCGCAAUAUCUGUUGAACUAUUUUUCCAGCGUUAGACUGCUGUACCUUUCAUUUGGACAUUCACAGUUAACUGACUAUAUUGAUGACUAAUUUCUUGUCGAUUUGUAUUCUUUGUCUUUAUAUCUUUAUGACAGUGUUUUUAUUGUUUAUGUAUCAUGUUUUAUCAAUGCCUUGACCAUAUGGUCAGUUCUUAUCUAACAGUUACUUAUGUUACAGUAUGCCUUUAGUUGUAAGCGGAUGAUUUAAUUUUUGUACAGUUACUUCAAUUGGUUGUCGUUUUUUUGUAACUAUUUGUAUUAUUUCUUACCAAUAGCCAAUUUUGUACAAUGUUGUACAUGCAGGUUUUUUUUUGGACUUCCCACUGAACAGUGAAGUUAUGCUACAUUUUUUAUCUGAAUAUUAAUUGUGCUAAUUCCAUUUGGAGGAUACUACUUGUUACACCGCAUGCUUAUUGAAUAAGGGAAUUUUUAUGCUUUUGUUUGAUACCGACGGUAUAGAUUCCUUCUCUAUGCUGCGAUUUUUGGAAAGUAGUUAAUGGUUUUGAAAAUACAUGUAUUUGAUCACGCUUUGUGAUUUCGUGAUGCGGUCGCCCUUUUGUGCAUAAUUUUGUCGUGUUUUGCAGAUUUUUUUUACAACUUAAUUGUUGUUAUUACAGUUCCAGGUUUUUAUCCUUACAGUUUACAAGGAAUUUUCUUGUUUUUAGGUUAUUACACAUUACAGGGUGAUUGGUUUAUUUUUAACUUAGGAAGGGAAUAGUGUAUGUAGUGGUUAGGUUAUGAUAAGUGCAUGAGAUUGUUCAAUGUAGAUGAAGAGGUUAAAGGAGACAGUUUUAGAUGACCUGGUAAAUUAAGGGUUUAAAUUUAGGUUGCAGUUAGCUACAAUGUAUGUCUUAUUUUUAUUAUGCUUUGCUAGUUAUUUAGAGGUACUUUUACAAAUCAUCAUUUCUUUACACAAAUGAAGAGAAUAACUUGUGUUUGAUAUUCAUUAGUUUAAUGGUUUGUGUAAAUGUCAUGGUACUGUCAUAUGUCAUUGUGAGUAAAUGUUGGUUGAUAUUGCAAUACCUUACUGAUUGAAGUGUUAAUAUAUUUUAGUCAGCUAGCUUUUGAUAAAUCCUUUGUCGUACAUGUACUCGCUUAUAAUUCAAUAAGAAGUUGAUGAGCAAAAGAGCAUUGUGUGUUUAAUAUUGAUGUCUUUAAAUAUACAUGAUGGUUUCAUUGUGUAACUGGCACUUCAAGUUGUAUAUCUGAUUAAUAAUGCAUGUAUGCCUUCUUGAUUUUAACAUGGUUAGGUUAUGUAGUUCUGCUGUUUGUCAUGUUUAAGGCUAUACAUGCAAUACGUCCUUAAUUGUUUAUAGUUUUAUAUCGGAUUUCUUUUGAAGUGAUUUACAUGAUUUUGUUCAGGAAUUGAUUAUUGAUCUACAGGUUUGAUCAUCUCAGAAUGUUGUGCUUACAUUGUUUAGUGGUGCACAUUGUUUUUAUAGUUUACAUUCCAAAGAUGAAGAAGGAAGAAAGAAGAAUGUAUCACGCCAAUAUUUGUGUUUGGUUACUUUGAAGCAACCGUAUGAUUGUGUAAAUAUUAGCCGGCAUGUUCAGCCUAGGCCUUGUUGAAUAAAGGUGUUCAUUUUGCAUCCCAAUCUGAUGUGGUAAUUUCUCCCUUUUUAUUGUCG